AUGCUGCGGAUUCGUGUGGGGCUCUCACCCACCAAAACCCCCUCCUCAAAAUUAAAGUCGAUAUCUCAGGGACCGUGCACCCACGCAACCCAACCCACGCAAGCCAGCCCACGCACCUUACCCACGAACCUCACCCACGCACCACAACACACGCCUCCCACCCACGCAUCCCAUCUACGCAUCCCAACCCACGCACCACUGCCCACGCACCUCACCCACGCAUCCCAGCUCACGCACCUCACCCACGCAACCUCACCCACGCACCCCAGCUCACGCACCUCAACCUCGCAACCCAACCCACGCAAUUCACGCCUCCCACCCACGCACUCCGGCCCACGCACUCCAACCCACGCCUCCCACCCACGCACUCCAGCCCACGCACCUCACCCACGCACCCCAACCCACGCACCUCACCCACGCAACCCAACCCACGCAACCUCACCCACGCAACCCAACCCACGCAACCCAGCCCACGCACCUCACCCACGCCCCCCACCCACGCACCUCACCCACGCCCCCCACCCACGCUCCCCACACACGCCCCCCACACACGCAACCCAACACACGCCUCCCACACACGCAACCCAACACACGCCCCCCACACACGCCCCCCACACACGCCCCCCACACACGCCCCCCACACACGCAACCCAACACACGCCUCCCACACACGCAAUCCAACACACGACCCCCACCCACGCCUCCCAACCCACGCCUCCCACCCACGAAACCUCACCCACGCAACCCAACACACGCAACCCAACACACGCCACCCACCCACGCCACCCACCCACGCCUCCCACCAACUUCUAA